AUGUCUUCAAGAACUCGCAAGAAAUUCCGGGCAGCUACGUUUCAUUGCUCAUACAGUGGAUGUCUCAAAACCUCGACAACAUCAUGGGGCAUACAACAACAUUAUGACAGAAAACAUGUUACUCCUGCUGCUCUGGACGUGCAGUCUGCACUUCUGCAUGCACAGUCUUUCUUGCCGCAAUUACCAUCCUCUCGUUCUCCCUCUCCAAGUCCACAGCCGUGGUCUAACAACUUUUCGCCUCGUCGCUCACCUCGCCAAACACCAUCUGGAUCGCCAAAAUCAAAUCCGAGUGGUCCAAAUCCAGUGCCUACUUCACAUAUAGAUACCCACCCGACAAUUGAUGGAAGACCGUGUGAUUCUGCGGGUCACUAUCUUCCCCCAAAUACAAAGCCACAACCUGCUGCGCCUCACAACAAGGAGGACUUUACACCCUUUGCAACUCGGACAGAAUUUGAAAUGGCUGAAUUUCUUUUUGUCGAGGAGGAGAUGUCAGCAGGCAGGAUAGAUCGCCUGUCACAAAUUUUAGGUGCUAAUUAUCCUGAUCAAGACCCACCGUUUGCAAAUCACUCUGAUAUGUAUGCUUGUAUUGAUAGCAUCAAACAAGGCAACAUUCCAUGGACCUCAUUUUCUGUAACCUACAACGGCAAGCUACCAAAAGAUGGUCCAAUUCCCGAGUGGAUGACACAAAAAUAUGAAGUUUGGUUUCGCAAUCCACUUGACGUUCUAGAGCAACAAAUUGGCAACCCAACUUAUGUGGGAAACAUUGAUUAUGCCCCAAAGCGAUAUUAUUGGAAUGGUAAACGCAGAUACCGGAAUCUUAUGUCGGGACAAUGGGCAUGGCUGCAGGCAAACAAAAUCGCCCAAGACAUCAAAUGUCAUGGAUCCAUGUUCUGCCCGGUCAUCAUCGGAAGCGACAAGACCACAGUGUCUGUAGCUACGGGACAAAAUGAUUUUUAUCCUCUCUACAUGUCAUUAGGAAAUAUCCAUAACAAGAUGCGACGAGCUCACAAAAAUGCAGUCUCGCUGGUCGGAUUUCUGGCCAUUCCCAAAACAUCACAAGAAUACAGCGAUAGAGCCGACUUCCGCAAGUUUCGCCGGCAACUGUUCCAUACGUCUCUCGAACACAUUUUAUCAUCGCUUCGGCCUUACAUGUCUACGCCACGUGUAACCAUGUGUGGAGAUGGCCAUUACCGUCGUAUUAUAUAUGGAAUUGGCCCUUACAUUGCAGAUUAUCCUGAGCAAGCAUUGCUUGCAUGCAUUGUUCAAGGAUGGUGUCCAAGGCAGCCAUUUACUUCAUCAUUCCCCCGAGCUGAUAUACACGAACUUCUCGCCCCCGAUCUACUUCAUCAAAUUAUCAAAGGAACCUUCAAAGACCAUUUGGUGGACUGGGUCACACAGUACAUCAAUCAACAUCAUGAUCCGCCAAUUGCAAAGAAGAUUUUAGCUGAUAUUGAUCGACGCAUUGUACUUGCGCCUUCUUUUCCUGGUCUUCAACACUUUCAUCAAGGACGCGGAUUCAAACAGUGGACUGGCGAUGAUUCAAAGGGUUUAAUGAAGGUGUAUUUGCCCGCUAUUGCAGGCCAUGUUCCAGACCAAAUGGUUCAGGCUGUAGCCGCGUUUCUUGACUUCUGUUACCUGGUGCGACGUAAUGCCAUCGACGACGAUACACUGGAUCAAAUAGAGGUCGCUUUAUCACGCUUUCAUUGCCAUCGUGAAAUUUUUCGAGACCUGAAUGUGCGACCUGAAGGAUUUUCACUCCCACGGCAGCAUUCCCUUGCUCAUUACCCUAUGUUAAUCCGACUUUUUGGAGCACCAAACGGUCUUUGCUCGUCAAUCACAGAGAACAAACACAUCAAAGCUGUCAAAAAACCUUAUCGGCGGUCCAGUCGCUAUAAGGCACUUGGUCAAAUGCUUGUAACAAAUCAACGUGUCGAGAAACUUUUGGCGGCAAGGGUCUUUUUUACCGAACACAAUAUGCUGAAUGGUAUCUCGGGGCCCCACAUUCCCGUAACUAUAUUGAAAGAUACACCUCCCGAGCCACCAAGGAGAGCGUCAACUGAAGAGUGUGGCGAGGUUUUUGAGCCAGAAUCGCAAUCUGAGAUUACACUUGCAAAAUCUCAUGUACGUGGUGUUCCACUGGCAAUUGAAGCACAUCAGUAA